AUCCUAAUCAUAACUAUUUAUUUAUGCUGAUAAUACCUAUCUAUCUACACUCAACUUCUUCUCUUCUUAGAAUCUUUUGAUACUUACCAUCAAUCAUUCUUUCUCUUACCCGUUCUCCUUUCUUUUCAUUGACGUUGCCAUUUUAAAGAUCCCAAAGCAUUUCAUUAUCACAAGCUAAACGACAAAAUGGCCAAGUUGACCGGACAGGAGGUGGCAGAACAUAACUCAAGAGAAUCAUGUUGGGUUAUUGUUCAUGUAUGUAUUCCCUUCAGGGCUGGGGCGGCAAUGACUAAUUUUGAUGUAGGGAAAAGCUUAUGAUGUUACAGAGUUCUUACCUGGUAUGAAGAUAUAUAUCGUACACCGAGAAGACUCAUAUUAAUCGCAUAAAUAGAACAUCCUGGUGGACCUAAGAUCAUUCUCAAAUAUGCUGUAAAUAUUCUCCCAUAUAUCUCAAUGUAUGCCGUGUUAACUUUACAAUACAGGGUAAAGAUGCAACAGAAGAAUACGAACCAAUUCAUCCACCUGAUACUCUCGAUAAAUUCUUGGAUAAAUCGAAACAUUUAGGACCAGUUGAUAUGGGCACAGUCGAGAAGGAAGAAAAAGAAUUUGAUCCAGAAGAAGAGGCAAGGCAAGAAAGAAUUGCACGUAUGCCAAUUUUGGAACAAUGUUACAAUUUGAUGGAUUUCGAGUCAGUGGCAAGAAGAACUAUGAAGAAGACUGCUUGGGCAUAUUAUUCCAGUGGUGCUGAUGAUGAAAUCGUAAGGACUUCCACUUCCUCAAUUCUUAUGCCAUUGCUAAUAUUAGUAGACUAUGCGAGAAAAUCAUUCUGCCUUUCACAAGAUAUGGUUUCGACCAAAGAUACUUGUGGAUGUAGAAAAGGUCGAUUUUAGUACAACCAUGCUUGGAACGAAAUGCGAUAUCCCAUUCUAUGUCACCGCUACAGCAUUAGGAAAACUUGGAAAUCCUGAAGGAGAGGUCGUCUUUACUCGAGCGGCAAAGAAACACAAUGUUAUACAGAUGAUUCCAACUCUAGCAUCUUGCUCAUUUGAUGAAAUCGUGGAUGCAGCAGGGGAAAGUCAGGUUCAAUGGCUACAACUAUACGUUAAUAAGGAUCGAGAGAUUACCAAAAAGAUUGUUCAGCAUGCCGAACGUCGUGGUUGUAAGGGUCUAUUCAUCACAGUUGAUGCGCCUCAAUUAGGAAGAAGAGAAAAAGAUAUGCGUUCAAAGUUUACCGAUGUAGGAUCAUCUGUUCAAUCAAGCAGUGGACAAUCUACAGACAAUUCCCAAGGUGCAGCAAGAGCUAUUUCAAGUUUCAUCGAUCCAGCUUUGAGCUGGAAGGACAUCCCUUGGUUUCAAUCCAUUACCAAGAUGCCUAUCCUUCUUAAGGGUGUUCAACGAGUGGAAGAUGUUAUUCGAGCUAUCGAGUGUGGUGUUCAAGGUGUUGUGCUUUCUAAUCACGGAGGACGUCAAUUAGAUUUUGCUCGUUCCGGUAUUGAAGUUCUUGCAGAAGUUAUGCCUGUUCUUCGAGAACGUGGGUGGGAGAACCGUAUCGAGAUUUACAUCGAUGGUGGCAUCCGAAGAUCUACGGAUAUCAUUAAAGCUCUGUGCUUAGGUGCUAAAGGUGUCGGAAUCGGUAGACCAUUCUUAUAUGCAAUGAGUGCAUAUGGAUUGGCGGGAGUAGAUCGUGCUAUGCAAUUAUUGAAAGAUGAGAUGGAAAUGAACAUGAGACUGAUUGGUUGUUCGAGUGUGGAUCAAUUGAAUCCAACAUUGAUUGAUACCAGAGGGUUGAGUUCACAUACUACCGUGGUUCCCGCUGAUAAUUUGGUAAGUUGGGAUUUGUUUGAUGCUAAAAGGCUCUUGACUAAUAUUGAAUAGGGCAUGGCAAUUUAUGAUCCUUUGGCGAACCCUGCGGAGAAGGCUAAGGCGAAGUUGUAGAUGGGGGUUGUUUUUUAUGGUGUCAGAUUUAUAUAGAUAGAGGAUUUGUAUUUACCAGAAUUUAAAUGAUAUAUGAUAUACAUACACUACGU